GUCAAGGUGGUACCAUAUUUCGAAUAAACCCGCGGAAACCAUGAGCGAACCGAAAGAGUAAAAGUUAACAGGUGUCCAAAACGAAAAAGCGUCUUUUUUUUUUAAAUGUCCGUUUUCUUGUGAAUCAUGUUUGUGCAAAAGUGUCCUCGAAGAGGUAGUGGCGGUUGGUUUUUGGUGACUUUAUGGCUUUUAGGUGUUGCGGAUUGGAUUAAAUGUCAAGAAAUAAAAUGUGGUCACCCACCAGUACCAAUGAACGCAAGGAUGUCCUUGAGCUCACCCAGCUUGAUACCGGGUACCAUUGCGACCUACCGGUGUGACGAGGGCUACGAAACCUUCGGGAACACCCAAAUAUCCUGCUCACCAUCGGGACAAUGGGCCGGAGAAAUGCCUUUUUGUGGUGUAAAUGUAGCCUUCAGAAAACCUGCUAACCAAUCGACUACAGUUCGUGGGGGUACUGCCCUAAACGCCAACGAUGGUGAGACGAGCAGCGACCAUGAAACCAAAAAAUGUUCGGAAACUCAAAAAGAAGCGAGUCCUUGGUGGCAAGUGGACCUGUUACGAGCCUACCCUGUUAAAGUAGUCAGGGUGACAACCAGGGGUUGUUGCGGACAUCAACCAUUACAAGAUUUGGAAAUUAGAGUGGGCAAUAGUAGUACGGAUUUGCAAAGGAACCCUUUGUGCGCUUGGUUUCCUGGAACUAUUGAUGAAGGUUCAACAAAGACUUUUACAUGUGCCAGGCCUUUGAUUGGCGAAUUCGUGUUCCUACAGCUUGUUGGAGUUGAAGGUUCCUUGUCUUUAUGCGAAGUGGAGGUAUUUACUACAGAUGAAUUCUCAGUGGACAGAUGCGCUCCAAAAGAUUCACCUGAAGAAGCUCAACUAGCAGCUUUUGCUCGCACCUGCUACGAAUUCGGAGUAUCCAGAGGCGGGUCAUUCCAGGAAGCCCGAGCCUAUUGCCAGAGUCACAAUGGAGAUUUGGCUCACGGCAUGAACCCUGGACAAACUUCGUUUCUUUAUGCGGAACUGGAACGGCGUAAACCCAACCUCAAAACGCAGCUGGUUUGGAUCGGAGCUCAAAAAGAACCUGGAUUAACUUCGAGGACUUGGAAAUGGGUGAACGGUGAUUUGGUGCAACGUCCGGCCUGGGGCAAAGAUCAACCCAACAAUUACAAUGGCGAACAGAAUUGUGUGGUACUAGACGGCGGCCGUGGGUGGUUGUGGAACGACGUGGGCUGUAAUCUAGAUUACCUGCAUUGGAUUUGUCAACAUGUUCCAUCCUCUUGCGGAAGCCCUGACAAGCUAAUAAACACUACAAUAACCGGAACUGACUACAGUUUAGGAGCUAGCAUCAAAUACAACUGUCCAGAAGGCCACAUGUUGGUGGGCACCGGAAACAGAAGCUGCGGAAAUAGCGGAUUUUGGACUGGAAUGGCACCGACUUGUAAAUUUGUUGAUUGUGGAAAGUUGCCAGACUUAGACCACGGAACAGUGAGCCUCAAAGACAACAGAACCACCCACGGAGCCAGGGCCAUUUACACUUGCCACGAAAACUAUACUCUCAUAGGCCACGAAGUCCGGACAUGCGGUGAUGAUGCAAAAUGGACCAACUCCACCCCUCAAUGCCUCUUCGACUGGUGUCCGGACCCACCAGCCAUCCACGGAGGUCUUGUCCACACUUCCGGGCAUCGUGCUGGUGAUACGGCCACUUACUCUUGCCAAGUUGGCUACGUUAUUCAUGGACAAGGCGUACUUUCUUGUGGUCUUGGAGGUGAAUGGUCAGGCAAAGCUCCUACGUGCAAAUAUGUGGAUUGUGGCGCACCUCCCAACAUUGACUAUGGCCGAUACGAGCUUAGGAAUGGUACGACAACGGUGGAGAGUAUUGUGGAGUAUUUUUGCCAGGACGAUUAUUGGUUGGAUGGGCAGAAGGUGCAGAAAUGUACCAAGGAUGGCAAGUGGUCUUCUGACGCGCCAUUUUGUGAAUUAAUUACAUGUGAAGAACCAGACGUACCAUCAGGCAGCUACGUUGUUGGAGUCGAUUUUAACGUAAACUCAGCCAUUGAGUACCAUUGCGAAGUUGGUCACAUUUUACGUGGAGAAGCCACGCAUGUGUGCCAAAGAAAUGGAGAUUGGUCUGGUACUACACCAACUUGCCAAUACAUAGAUUGCGGCAAAGUUCCAACAAUGCUUUACGGAGAAGUUCACUACGCUAACGGUUCAACUUAUUGGGGAAGCGAACUCACUUACAGUUGCGCCAAAAACUACAAGCUCAAUGGAGUUAACAAAAGGAAUUGUCAGGAGAGCGGGCAAUGGACUGGUGCGACACCAAAGUGCGAAGAGAUUAGAUGCCCGGAGCCAGUACUUGCUGACCACGCGAUUCUUUCAGUCACAGGCAAUGAUAGAAUGUAUGGUAGGACUCUUAUUAGAACCGCAGAUACUUCCAAUGUUGGCGCGACAUCUUAUAAAAUAGGAGCUUUGGCUAAAUAUAGAUGCGAAAGAGGAUAUAAGGUGAUUGGAGAACCUUUGAGUACCUGUGAGGACAGUGGUCAAUGGAGCGGUGGUGUACCUGAAUGUGUUUAUGUGGACUGUAGAAACCCUGAGAAAGUUAUCAAUGGAGCAGUCACUUUACCGUCCAAUGCUACAUAUUACGGAGCCCUAGCCCUUUAUUCCUGUGAUCCUAAUUUUGUAUUGGACGGCGUUUCCAGAAGGUUGUGCCUGGAAAAUGGAACCUGGAGCUCAGAUGCGCCUCUAUGCAAAGAAAUCCAAUGCAAAGAUCCAGACUCUUUCGCAAAUGUAAACUUCAAAGUCAGCACUCACAGUGUGGGCGGUGUGGCGCAGUACUACUGUCCGAGAGGACACACCAUGCAAGGCAACUCUACAAGAAUUUGUCUGAAAAAGGGUACUUGGGGAGGCCAAGCACCAAGCUGUUUACCUGUUGAUUGUGGUCAUCCUGGUACGAUAGAAAACGGGCGCGUCAUAGUUAUGAAUGGUACUACAUUUAAUAGUGCAAUUGAGUAUCAUUGUAUUCCUACAUUUGAACGCAUAGGACCUUAUUUGAGAAAGUGUAUGGAUAAUGCACAAUGGUCAGGGGAACAGCCUAGAUGUGAAAUGGCUAUAGAAGAACCUCAAGAAGAGUCUAAUUUAGGAACCAGUAUUGGAAUUGGAGCUGGUGUGGUAGUGUUCCUAUUGGUACUGCUAGGCAUUAUUUAUUGGAAGCUACGUAAACCAGUCACAGUUAAAAAUAAAGAAAACGUUGAAGGGGCUGAAAGAAAAGAAGAACGUAACGCGGCUGUAAUGAGCUACGCUACUUUGAGUGAUCGGAACGGUUUCGGACAUCCUACAAUGUACGAAAAUAUGCAUGAGAAUAUGUAUGAUGCGCCCUAUGAAACUGGACGUAGGGACAGUGGUACCUAUGAACCAGAACCUGUAGGGCGGGCCAACGGAAAUGUUGUAACCAUAAAUGGAGUAUCAGUUCGAUAGGACAAAAAAUGUGAUAGAAAUUAUUUUUGUGAUUUGUAAUGAGAAGAGAGACAUUCUAGAUUAUGAUGGAUUCGGAGGAACCAUUUGAACAAAUAGUGUAAAAUAUGAAGCUGUAUUUAUUUUUUGAACAUUUUAUAAGACAACGAGUUACCUAGUGUGUAUAGUAAUUUUACUGCCAAAAAUAUGUAAAUAUUUUUCUAUUUUUUACAUUUUUGUAUGAUUUUUUUGUGAGCGAUUGUGAUACACGAGAAGAACUUAUAAGUAUGAAUGAUAACAAUAAUUGUUUUGUAAAAAUUAAAAGUAAUUUUUAAUAAAUUGAGUAGAUGUUUUUAUUUAAGCAAUGACAGAAUAAAUAGGGAAUUUUUGGAAAUCGCCAGCGUUCGACAUUUUGUGCAAAAACUGCAGAAAUAUCCAAAAUAUCCUUGUCAAUACACAGAUUCAUGGUUAAGCUGUAAGGUUGAAAGCAAUAUUCCAAAUUAAUCUAAUAGCUACCCAAUUGUACCCCUACAAUUAAAAUAAAACAUAAUUUAAUACAAUUGAAAAACAACAUAUAUUUUAUAAAUAUUUUCCCAAAAAGUACAAAAGCCAAGUUAGCCAUUAUUUAGCCAAAUGGUUAAUAGAUCAUUAAUACUUAAUAAAUACACAAACUAUUCUAUAAUCAAAUUUCAUGUAAAAUAUGUAUGUGGUCAAAAUAAUAUAAAGGAUAAUUUGAAUAACAAAAAAAGGUUAUCAUAUACAUAAAUGCUGCAAUACUGGCUUAUAAGCCAAAAAAUAGAACAUAUCUAUUGUUCAUCCUUAUCCUUGGCUCCAUGUUUCAAAAUGCGAGUAAAUUCAACAUAAUCAAAAAGCCCAUUCUUGAUUGGAGCUUCACGAUACAUUUCAUCAACUUCAUCGUCAGUGAAUCUAUCUCCCAUGCUGGUCAACAGUUCACGCAACCUCUCCUCAUUGAUAACUCCCAUAUUUUCCUCAUCAAAACAACCAAAAGCAUUUUUGAUGACAUCCUCAGGAUCAGUACCCUGAAGACGUUCACCAAACAGAGUCAGAAACAUGGUGAAGUUGAUAGGGCCUGGAGCUUCGUUCAUCAUACCGUCCAGGUAGUCAUCGGCGGGGUUUUUGCCUAGAGAGGCUAGCAUGUCAUGGAGAUCUUCUUUGUCGACGAAUCCGUCGUGGUUUUGGUCGAUCAUGUUGAAGGCCUCUUUGAAUUCGGCGAUUUGGGCCUGGUCGAACAUGGCGAACACAUUGGAAGUGGCCCUUUGGGCACGUUUUUUGGUGGUUCCGCGUCUGCUGACUGUUUUACGGGAAGACAUUUUUCUAGAAAAGA